CCCAGGAAGUGACGCCACGCUCAAGUUCCGGUUCCGCCUGUUCCGGGCCACUGGCGUAUCUCGCGUAACUGCGCUGUGCACGUGUGUUGUCCGGGUUCGUGUUGCGGUAGACAUGGACGCUUUGGAUCGAGUUGUAAAGCCAAAAACGAAACGAGCCAAGAGAUUCCUUGAGAAGAGAGAACCGAAACUUAGUGAAAAUGUUAAAAAUGCUAUGCUGAUUAAAGGGGGAAAUGCAAAUUUACUGGUGACACAAGUACUUAGAGAUGUGUAUGCAUUGAAAAAACCAUAUGGCGUUCUGUAUAAAAAGAAAAACAUUACAAGACCAUUUGAGGAUCAGACAUCAUUGGAAUUCUUUUCAAAGAAGUCAGAUUGCUCUUUAUUCAUGUUUGGCUCCCAUAAUAAGAAGCGGCCAAAUAAUCUAGUAAUAGGUCGUAUGUAUGACUUCCACGUGCUUGAUAUGAUCGAAUUAGGUAUUGAGAAGUUUGUCUCUCUAAAAGACAUCAAGAAUAGUAAAUGUCCUGAGGGAACAAAACCCAUGUUAAUAUUUGCUGGUGAUGAUUUUGAUGUAACAGAAGACUACAGAAGGCUAAAAAAUCUUCUUAUUGAUUUCUUCAGAGGCCCCACAGUAUCAAAUAUCCGCCUGGCUGGUUUAGAGUAUGUUCUGCACUUCACUGCACUGAAUGGGAAGAUUUACUUUCGAAGCUACAAGUUGCUGUUGAAGAAGUCUGGUUGUAAAACACCAAGGAUUGAAUUGGAAGAGAUGGGGCCCUCAUUGGAUCUGGUUCUGAGGAGGACACAUCUGGCGUCAGAUGAUCUUUACAGAUUAUCUAUGAAAAUGCCAAAAGCCCUCAAGCCAAAGAAGAAGAAAAAUGUCUCCCAUGACACUUUUGGCACAACUUAUGGAAGGAUUCAUAUGCAGAAGCAAGACCUAAGCAAACUACAAACCAGGAAAAUGAAGGGGUUGAAGAAGCGACCUGCAGAAAGGAUAACAGAAGACCAGGAGAAAAAAUCAAAGAGAAUUAAAAAAAAUUGAUGGAACUAGCCAAUAACUGCAGUGUUAUUGUAGUCUGUUUACCUAAUAGAGUUAUCAAGCAUCAGUCAUUUCAGAGUUUCUUACAAGAUUUUAUUGUAUAUUUUUAUAACAUGGUAAUUUACCUAAACUAUAUAUAAAUUUACCUAAACUUAAAAAUAUUAUGAAUUAGGUUGAAAGUAAGCCUCUUUUGAUAUAUAUAUUUUUAAAAUUUUUUAAAAUUUAUUUUGAAAGAGCACAAGUGGAGGAGGGGCAGAGAGAGAGAGGAAGAGAGAGAGAAUUCCAAGCAGGCUGUGCACUGUCAGUGCAGAGCCUGAUGCAGGGCUCGAACCCACAAACCGUGAGAUCAUGACCUGAGCCGAAAUCAAGAGUCAGAUGCUCAACCAACUGAGCCACCCAGCUGCCCCCUUUUAAAUAUUUUUUUUAAUGUUCGUUUAUUUUUGAGAGGGAGAUAGAAAGCAUGUGCGUGGGGGAGGGGCAUAAAGGGCGGGAAGAACAAUCCCAAGCAGGCCCUGCACUGCCAACACAGAAUCCCAUGUGGUGCUCAAACCCAUGAACUGCGAGAUCACGACCCAAACUGAAAUAAGAAUCAGAUGUGCAACCAACCUAGCCACCCAAGCAUCCCAAGCCUCUUACUUGAGACUUAUCCUGGUGGGCCAUUUUCUUUCAAUGUUAUGGUAUUCCCUUUGCCCUCUACCCACCCCCCCCUCCUGGAAAGUCUCCUGUCUCAUUGGAUUGGUAGGUGAGGAGGGAUCUCCAGAACAAUGAUUGGUAUUUUAAAGAAUUUCUGGAUUAAGCUUUCAAUAAAGGGAGGAAGCCAUGGAAAGUAGAAUUGGCCCAAAGGAACUGUAUACACGCUCAGUAUGAACUACCUGGAAAGUUAACCCCAUCUUCCAGCACAGACCUAUAGUCUGACUUUUGUUUUUUUACCUUUCUGUUACUUUAUUUUGCCUGUUUGAGAUUCAUUUGAGAUUUUUAACUUUGCGUCUUAAAACAUUUCUCUAAGAGCAUGUCCGGUACCUGAUCAUUGACAUAUUACCAUACUAUUGGGUUUUUUUGUUUCAAGUUUUUAUUUAAAUUCCAGUUCAUUCACAUACAUACAGUAUAAUACUAA